CUGGUUCAGUUUGUAACUAAUAUGUUGUGAUUGACACAUAGUGUAACAAAAUGGGGUGUUACUGUGUUUUUGUGAUUAUAUUUUGUGUUUUUAUUAUAAGUGCUGAUUGUAAAAAUAUUUUUGGACAUGGAGAUGGGCCUUCUGACGAUUUUAGUCAUCACGAGAAACCAACUAAAGAGAAAUCUCGCCGAAAUGUCGUCACAAUACCAACUUAUGGAAUAUACUUAAUAGGGUUCACAAUGCUCUUAAUGCUUCUAGCUUUAAUCGGCUUAUCAGUGGCAUUGUACUUACUCCGCAAUAACAAACAACUAUUCGGACCAAAUGUCAACAGCAAACAGUAUGUAAGACAAGAGUCUACGGGAGUUGUACCACUAUACAAUAGCAAUUAUGAUGAAAAUAACAAAAAUAAUGGAAGCACACUAACGGUCAAUAGUGGUGUCAUAGAAAUAAGUGAGUCAAGAAUAAGUGAACCAGAAACCCCUGUACGUAUAGAAGAGACCAAAAUUACGUUCACAAAGAAACCUAUUAAUCCAAUAGUCCCAGUAAUGCCUCGAGGACAAAUGGACGCAAUUUGUAAAGAGGUUUUGAAAAGAGUGCAGAAAACUGAUUCAGCUAGUUUCAGGGAUUUGAACGAACUUUUGAAUAUAAAGAACGAAGAAAAGUCUGAGGACAAAUGUGAUAUAGUGGAGGAAUCUCCAAAAGAACUCAAAGAAGAAGAGAACAUUGAAUCAAAGAUUAAAGCAUUCGAGAAAGUCGAAGCUCAAAAACCCAAAUUAGAAAUGGAGGUCGCAACAAAGCCAGAACUCGAAAAAGAGUCAAAAAUUGAAAUUGAAAAAGCUAUUAAGGAAGAGAAAGAAACUAAACCAACCAAUGAAAUUGAAAAUAAAUUGCAACCCGAAGAAAAAAAUGAAGUGCAGAUUGAAAUCCCUAAAGUAGAAAUUGAUAAAUCAGCAGAAGUCAGCGACUCGGAGACUGAAUAUGACACAGUUCCUAGUCCUAUUCCAUAUAGACAUUCUGGUCCUGACGUUGAAAUCGAUGAUGGUUUCCAAUUAUAUGAUCUUCCACCUAGAAGGAGUCAUGAGGGAGUUCUUAAAAAUCUAAUUCAAAUGGACCAAGAUAGUGAUUAUCUUUUAGCUCUUUCAACUGAAGGCUUAGAUGCCUGUUAUGUCAACGCCAAAACACCAAAAUUGAAUUAGUGACAUUUUUAUUACUAUUAAGUAGGACACAUGAUACUCUCUUAGUAUUUAUCAAUACUGAUAUAUAACGGCUACUGCUAUUAUUUAUUACUCAAGAUAAAAAUUGGACCAUAAAUGUGACGUUAAUUCAAAGAAAGCUUCGGAAUGUCAGUUCUCAAAAUACCAACUUAUACUUACUCAACUUAAAGUAUUUUUUCAAAAAUGUCUAUAAAAGCUUAUCCAAUUUAGCCGCACAUACCUACUUGGUUACAUAAAAUGUAUAAAAAAAUUAUAUUAUACGUGUAUCAUAUAGGUUUUCAUGAAUUUUGUGCAGAUCGUGGCAAUAUUGUCCGGGAAAUCCAUAUAGUAUAUUUUGGUUUGAUGACUUUAUUAUUGUGGUUUUCAUUGUGAAAUGGCUUAAAUCGCUAAUAAUGACAAGACAAUUUUUUUUUUCAUGUAGUAUCUGUAAAUAUUAGAAUUAUUUAGAUUAAUAAGUAAUGUUACAUUUUACGGUGUUAUUUUAAUACGAAUGUAAAUAAAUUAUUUUUAAAUGAUAGGUAGAUUAAUCUUAAUUCAUUUAAACUAAGUUUGUUUAAGCUGGAAAAAAGAUAUUACAUAAUUAUGUAGUCUCAUGUAUACCUACAAUAUUUUUUAAAUAAAUUAUUGUAAAGUGACAAGUAAGUACAAAAUAUUUAUUGACAACUAAAAAUAUAUUAGUACGACUAAUCCUUUUAUAAAUAUAUCCAUCGUGUAAUUGUACUGUAAUAGGUAUGUUAUGUUAAAUCAGGAUAAAUACAAUUUAAAUAAUAAAUUGUCCGCAUGACUGUGUGUUCAUUUUCCUCGUUACAGCCAUUGUAAUACUAUCUUUAGCUAUAGAAAUUAUUUAAAUUGUUUUUCUUGAAAUUAAAACUAAAUAACAAUUUUGAUGUACCUACGUAACUACUUAUAUAAAUACUUUAAGUUGGUGAUUGAUUGAUACACCCGCGCAUCGGAGAGCACGUAAAAGUCGGUCCUGCGCCUCAUCUCUCUCCGGUCGUGUCGGAUUGCCGUUCCAUCGGGCGCAGAGAGUGAAGGAAUGGUGAGUGCACCUGUGUCUGCGCAAAUGCUUGUGCACUAUAAUAUGUCCUGCGCAGUUGGCUAAUCUCCUUACAUAAGAACAGCCGCCGUAGCCGGUAAUCGGCUCAGAGGACAUCACACAAAUACAUAAUAUAUAGGUAUAACAUUGUGAAUUUAGUU